CCGCAUGCUAGGGGUAAGAUCUAUGUCCAAAGUCAAGGAAUAACAACAAUACCAAACGCCGCCUUUAACUGGAACACCUUUCUUCAGCGUUUAGAGAUUAACCAAAGUGCUGACAACUUACAUGUAUUUAUUCUGGUAUGUGGACUUAGACAAGUUAAAGAUCCUCUGUAUCUGGUGGAUGCGUUUUCAGAAUGGCAUCAAGAAGAGCCCAAUGUUUACAUGGUAAUUGUUGGUCCUGAAGUCGAUCCAGUGUUUACAAGGGAAGUAAAAGCCAAAGUGGAAAGAGUGGCUGGGGUACGAUUGCUGGGAGAGAUGCCUCAGGAAGAUCUGCACGCGGUGCUGAAGAACUGCUUCGCGAUGGUGAACAGCUCUGUCUCUGAAGGCAUGUCAGCUGCGAUUUUGGAGGCAAUGGACUUGGAAGUUCCAGUGCUGGCUCGGAACAUCCCUGGGAAUGCUGCCGUGGUGAAGCACGAAGUGACAGGAUUAUUGUUUUCAGGUCCUCAGGAGUUUGUUCAGCUGGCAAAGAGACUGGUUAGUGAUCCUGCGUUAGAAAGAGAAAUCGUGGCCAACGGAAGGGAAUACGUGAGAACAUGCCAUUCCUGGCAGAUGGAAAGAGACACGUACCAGCACCUCAUCACGAAGCUAGAAGGAGGCACGGAGGUCUGAGGAGCAAGCCUCGUCCUCACCUGUGCCGUCCACACCUGCCACCAGAUGCCCAGCCCUGCACAAACUCCAGAGACGGGGUCUAGCCCACUUGGGUUCAGUACAAAUCAGACCAGUCUCUUUGGAAUCUAUGGUAUAUGGAAUUGGUAGCUAUGUUGAUUGGGAGUCUCUGGGGACAUGGCAUUCAUCCCAAAUGUUUCUGUGCUUUCAGACACCGUCCCAGAUGUGUCCACCCAUCAGUCCUGGUGGAGGUGCAUAAGUGAAUUGGCUGAUUUGGAUGUGGAAGGGGCAAUUGGUUUUUAGGAGAAUUUCAGAGAGAAUUUGAUCAGAUGCUUUAGGUUUUUCUCAUGGGUGUUAGAGGCUUAUGUUCAAGCAAUCACAGUGCAGACCCCUCUUUCCUGUCUUCUGAGUGACCUGUACCCCUCAUUGCCAGUUCAAAAAACAGACAUAAAAACCAGGUGUGUCAGCUGAGUGGCGUCCUGGCAGCAUCUUUGACAUGAUCUUGGAGUCCUAGCAUGUUGCUGGCCCCAGGCUCUGACCAGUCUGCUUCUCUAGAUGCUAGAUGGUGCUAUAAACGAGCUCACACCCGGUGCGUCUUACUCUUUAGUGGUGUGACUGAAAGACUAGGUGUGCUUUCUAGAAAAGGGGCUCUGCAGGCCCCGCCCACCUCUUCAUCAAAUUUGAUCAGAAAACGGGGUUGGAAUAAGCACCAGCCACAUCACCUGUGGCCUGGAAAAUACUCGAGUGACCCUGAGAGGGAGGCCUCGGUAUGUGGGUCCAGUGUGGAGAUUCCUUUCCUUUCCAGCAUCGGGGAGCCAGGGACAAUUGUCAAGUGGAUCACAGGGUUCCAGCCCGUAGUAGAACUGGAUUUGGGUCUAUGUGAGGUCACUGAAGACACCAGGAGGUCAGCCCAGUGGUUGCUGUAACAAUGACCUUACCACAUCAGCACGUCCUCCCUAAAAGUAGAUUCAGUGUUCUUUGGUAGCUGUAUUAAGCCAAGAUAACCUCCACUGAAUACUGAAAUCAUUGCAUUCCAGUGGACAUUCAUUAUGACAGAUGGGGAGUUAAGUGUCCCAUUGCCUCUUGUGAAGUAGAAAGCCAUCAGUUUGGAGGAGGGAGAAGCUAAAGCAACUGCAGAGCCCUGGCAUGCACAGUGUUUUAUUAAUGAGUUUGUCUAAUGCCCUUAGAUUCAAGACGGAGGGGAUGCAGGGGAGUCUCCACCAACACUAUCCUUGCUCCAAGUUUUGGGACACAUGUUGGGUUUUUUGCUUUUCAACCAUCAUGCCUUUAAAAACUGUAAAACCUACAUCUUGUUUUUAAAAGAAACAGCCUCAAAUUAAACUUCUUAAACUCUGAUGCCUUGGGGAAGAGAACAGCAUGUUCAGAUUUCGUACCAUGUAAUUUGGCUCAUUCUGCCACCUCAAUCACAGACUAGAAUUGCUCUCCAGAAAGGCAGUUCACUGGAAAUGGCAGACAUGCUGAGCUUUGGGGAGACCUGCUAAACAAUGCCCAACUCCCCUCCCCCCCCCUUUUCUUUCUUUUUUUUUUUUUUUGCCUUUAUGGGUGCUAGGGUCAUGGCUCCCAUCUCUGGGCAUAGGGAGAGAAAGAGGGAGAAAUGGAGCCCCGGGCCCUGAGGGGACAUUUCCAUCUGAAUCUGGAAUCAGCAAUGCCAUCCUAAGAAAAGGUACUACCUGGUCCAGUGUUAGCUCAGAUACCAUCAGACAAUGCUGCUGUUUGUAAAAUGCUGAUUGUCUGGAAGCCUGAAUCUGUUCCUCGUUGAGUGACAUUGUAAAUACCUGACCUCCACUGUACCUCAAUAUCACUAAUUUAUGUCUUUGUAUAGAAAUGUGCACAUGCCUAAUGCACUUUGGAGAAAGGCAUGUUUUUAAAUUAAUAAAACGUGUCACCAUCAGCCGUACUAAAA